UUUAAAUAGUUUGGGUUUUUCUAUCCGGUAGUCUGAAAGAAGAGCUGAUGCUAUUACAACAAUAAUGAAAUUUAUUCUAUUAACAUUAUUUAUAACAAUUACAAUAGUUAAUAUUGUUAAUUGUCAUGAAGAAGCUGUUCUAAAUAGUGAACCAUUAAAUAUUCAAGACACGAAACUAGAUAAAAGUCUUCGGCCAAGUGAUGAUUCUAACAGUGUGCUAUUAACUCGUUUGAGCCGCACAUUCCAUAAAAAAUAUAAAGGUGGUGGUGGUGGUGGCUAUUGUAAUACUUGCGGCGGUUACCACGUUCAACCAGUGGUAGUUCCAAUUUACAAACCAGUACCAGUUAUAGUUAAACAACCAGUCAUCAUUCAAAAGCAGCCAGUUUACUAUCAACAACCACAACAACAUUAUCAACAACCGAUUUGCGACCCAUGUCAGCAACGUGGGGGUGGCGGCUAUGGAGGCGGCUCGGGAUCUUAUUCAUUUUCACAAUCAUCAUCUUCAUCAUCAUCAGGUAGUUUCGGAAAAAAGAAAUAAAGACUAUGAACUGAAAAAUAUUAA